AUGUCUGGACGCGGCAAGGGAGGUAAAGGUCUUGGCAAAGGUGGCGCCAAGCGGCACCGCAAGGUGCUGCGCGACAACAUCCAGGGCAUCACCAAGCCCGCCAUCCGCCGCCUGGCCAGGCGCGGCGGCGUGAAGCGCAUCUCCGGCCUCAUCUACGAGGAGACGCGCGGGGUGCUGAAGGUCUUCCUGGAGAACGUGAUCCGCGACGCCGUCACCUACACGGAGCACGCCAAGCGCAAGACGGUCACGGCCAUGGACGUGUCUACGCGCUCAAGCGCCAGGGACGCACGCUCUACGGCUUCGGGGGCUGAGGUUUCUGAUUUCUGCCACAGCCUGUACUUUUGA